AUGACGGCUCAGACAUCCCGAGCCUCGACGUCGGCGGCCAUGCUUCCCGAGGACGACGACGUGCACAUUGCAUUCCUGCGCUCCGUAUCGCUUCGUCGACCCGUGGGCCCGCACAAGCACUUCAAGAUGCUUUCGGUCGUCAUGGACACGCAAAAGGCGCUCGACUUUCGCUACCAGCGUCUGGCUGCGCGCCUCGAAAAGCUCAGCAGCGCCGCACCGCCCAGUAACGCUUCGGACAAGAAGUCCAGACCGCCGCUCUCGAGCGCAGGCAGCAACGUGAGCGCGACGCCUCGCAUUCGCCGCAACCUGGGCCACUCGCGCAAAGGCUCGCGCUCGCGGUCUGGCAGCGUCGCCAGCUCAGGUCCCGCCGAGGACGAUGGAGAGCGCACCGAGGAUGACACAGAGCAGAACGAGGAGGAAGAACGGGAGCGCCAGCAGGAGACCGAACAGACGCGUCUUGCCAUCGCCGCGCUCGGUCUCGACCGCACGGUGAAGCCGGAGAUGGUGUGGAACGAGCUGCACAAGCUGUUUGAUCUCGAGGCGCUUGACGACAUGGAGGAAGGCGCCAUCUUUGACUCUUCCAGCCAGGCCGGAGCUGCCACCGACACGGGCGAUUCGAGCAGCGAUUCCGCAUCCAGCUCGUCACCGCCUGCCUCGAAGCGCAAGCGCAGUCUCACGGGCGCUAACGCCAACAAGGCGCGGCAACUCUCGGCCGACGUGCUCUCGCGUUGUGUCUUUCAGCAUCCGGGCUCGCCCGACUUCCACGCGGAUGGCGAACGCAAGUCGCGCCCCAACGCGCAGUCGCAGAACUGGAUCUAUGGCGACGACAUCCGCGGCACCGGCGACGGCAUGGCACGCCGCGACUUUUACCUGUGGCCAUGGGAAGAGUAUGAGCCGCUGAUUGCAAAGCGUCGCAUCGCCAAGGACGAGGAGGAGGAAGGAACCGCAGCCGCCAAGGACGAGGGCUCGGCUGCGUCGGAUGCUUCUGCAUACGCCAAGACGCCCAAGCGAUCCGCUUCCCCUGCCGAUACCCAAGACGCUAGCGCCAAGCAGGAGGAGGACGAGGCCGAGGAGGGAGGCGAGGGUGCGGAGGAAGACGAGGACCUUUCGGAACCCGACUCGGACGCCGAAGUUUCGAAAGACUCGACGCCGAAGCGUCGCUCGGGGCGUCGCGGCCGCACUGACGCGCCCGAGCCCAAGAAGAAGGCGUCGCGCGAUACGGCGGAGAAGAGCGAAGAGGACGAGAGCACGCCAGCUGCCAAGGCGGAGCCAGAUGCAGACGAGGAGGGAGAAUCCGACGAGGAGAACGAGUCUUCGGAGCAGGUGCGUACGCGCCGCGGCAGCCGCAAAGCACCUACGCCUCUGCAACGUCCGCCUCGCACAGCGGCAACAGGUCGCAAGAGCACGUCGGGUACAGUGACGCCCACACGCUCCACGCGGCGCGGACGUCGCGCCGGCAACGACGGCACGGAAGCGUCGGAAGACGAAGCGGCAAGCGACGCGGCCGAGAGCGACACCAACGAGGACGGCGAGGAUGGCAAGGCUGAUGAGGACGAGGAGGAGACGCCGAGCGAGGCGGAGAGUGCAGCGCGUCGACGAUCGGGCAAGGCGCAGCAGGCGGCAUCCUCGGCACGCAAGGGCAGCAAGAAGCGCGGCGCGCCGUCGAGCGAUGAGGAGGAGGUGGAUGCACGUCCGUCGGUGCGUCGACGCAGCAGCCGGCGCGCGUCCAAGUCGGAGGGUGUUCCGGACGAAGCCGAAGAUGAAGACAUGACGGACGCCAAGGAGGAGCAGAGCGAUGCGGCGAGCGAGGGCGGGCGCGAGUCCGGAUCCGAGCGAAAUGACGGCGACGGCGACUCGGAUGCUGGGGACGACGACAAGGAAGCUGCGUCGAACCAGGCGUCGGAAGACGAGGAGGGUUCGGAUGAGGAGGAUGACGACGAUGCGAGUGAUGGCGACUCGGCUGCUCGUCGAAGAGGAAAAGGGUCGGCCAAGGCGGGCGAGCGCGGGGGUCGACGCACUGCCGCUUCCUCGGGCGGACGCUCGACGCGCGCCUCGGUGGUAUCGCGCUCAAGCGCGGCCAAGGAGCCGAAAGAGUCGACGCCCUCGACGCCCUCGACGCCCGCCAAGCAGACGCGCUCCAGCCGGUCCUCGGUCACGCCCGCCGGAUCAAUAUCUCGAAGAGGCAGCAGCGACAAGCAGCAGACAUCGACGCCGAGUGCACGCACGCCGGCCCGGGCCACCACGCGCAGCUCUGCAUCCACCGACACGCGCAGCACUCGCCGCACCCCACGCCGCUAG